GGUUGUGCUGUGACUUCUUCGGGCAACACGGAAGCGAAAGUAUAACUUUUUAUGUUGAUCCGGACUUCGGUACGCCUGUUAGGCGAGAGCGUGAGCAGGCUUUGAGUGCCAUUAUGAGCUCCUUUAACGCUCUUUUACUGGGCAUAUCCGAUGAUCUGAAAGACGAACAGCUGAAGAAGCUGAUGUUUCUGUGUCGGGACAUGGUGAGGAAGAGGGAGGCCGAGAAGAUCACCAGCGGAGUGCAAUUGUUCCAGUGUUUGACCGAGAGAGGCGAGCUAAAACAAGAUAAAACGGAGUCGCUGUCACAACUUCUCCGACAAAUUAACAGAGAGGAUCUGGCGGACAAGUUGGACAACUUUCACACACUUGAUGAGUGCAAAAACAACCAACCUUGCCCAACGGAGAAAGCCAAACUGGACAUCGCCACCGACGUGAUUGCAGAGAAUCUGGGAAGGACCUGGCGUACACUGGGAAGGAAGCUGGGUUUGACUGAAAGUAAACUGGAUUCUGUGGCCGGGAGGUAUCCCCCCGAUCUGGAAGAGACGGCGAGAGAUCUGCUGAAGGUUUGGAGGAAGAGUCGUGGUGCUGAAGCUCAUACAGAAGACUUAAUCAAGGCCCUGAGAGCAUGUCAGCAAAACCUUACAGCUGAUAAAGUGGAAGACAGAAUCGCUUGCAUUGGUCAUGAAGAUGGCCGUGAAGACCUGACAAAUGAAUGAAAAUGUCAACCAAAUCAACUAAAGAUUUGAUGAAUGAAAUGAAAUGAAUUGUUUGAAAGUAGAUUUUCUUGUGUAAAUAAAUCUGCAUAGCGUAUUGUAAUAUAUAAAGAUGUUUCUUUGUGUGCAUGCUAGUUUUGCAUAUUUGGCGACAGAAAGUCAGUGUUUUGCAAGUCUCAAAGAGCUGUCCAAGUUGAGUCUCAAGACAAGACAGGUUGAGUCAAGUCUGAACAUCAUCGAUGACGUUGACUCAAACUGCACGUCGAUGCGUCAUCAUUCAGAAAAAAAAAUGGCGGCAUAGAGUCGCAGCGAGUUGGGCAAGAAGAAAUAUCUCGCAAUAGGAUAUCAAAAGUAUGGGAGUACUUUACACUUAAAGGUAACGAUUCGGUGGUCUGUGACCUGUGCAAAAUGGAGAUAGCGUACCAUAAAAGCACUACCGUGAUGCACCAGCACCCUGGAGCUGCUUGUGUGGAGGAGAAGACACAAUACGUUUUCAACUCUUUUUUUCUUUCCUUGUUUGCAAUGAUUAACCCUGUCAUUCAUCCAAACGCACCACGUGUGUGUACAUGCUCCAGCCUCGCACACACGGAGCAUGUACCCACUCAAACACACACCUGAGCAGACUAGACCUGAGCUUUGAGAGUGGUGGUGGAAAGCAAGAGGGAAAGAUAAAAGGACACACACAGCUGCUGUUAUUUAUUUAUUUUAUGUUUAUAUUUAGAUUCAGAUUGUGUUUUAAUUUAUUAUUUUUGCUAUUAUAGGAUUUCAUUGUGCACUUUAUUGUUGUAUUGUUCAAUACAAUUCAUUUUUCAACUUGUUAAUAAAAAUAUCUUGUUUUUAUGCAUGGUGAUAAAUUAGCUGUAAUUGCUGUAUAUGUCAAAUU